GUACCAUUGCACCUUUGGUGAAGGCACCCAAUGUGAGCGAGGACAACUCUGGGGGCGGUGAAGGUUUGAAGAUGAUGGUGACCAUUUCCUGUGUGUUGGUGGGCAUCGUUGUUAUUUUCAUCGGGCUGCUGGUGCUGAGGAGGAGGAGGAGGGAGCAGAGGCUGAAGAGGCUCCGAGAUGCAAAAAGUUUGGCUGAGAUGCUCAUGAGUAAAAACACACGCCCAGCAGAGCCAAUUAAUAAACAGCAACAGACGCUCCGCAUGCACAUUGACAUUCCCAGAGCCCAGCUCCUGAUUGAGGAGAGAGAUACCAUGGAAACUGUUG